GCGCUCGGUGCGCGCCUUCUGCCGGGAGCUGCUGCAGGAGGAGCCGAGGCUAGAUGUCUUGAUCAAUAACGCAGGGGUCUUCCAAUGUCCGUAUAUGAAGACUGAAGAUGGGUUUGAGAUGCAGUUUGGAGUGAAUCAUCUGGGACACUUCCUUCUCACCAAUCUUCUUCUUGGACUCCUCAAAAGUUCAGCUCCAAGCAGGAUUGUGGUCGUUUCUUCCAAGCUUUAUAAGUAUGGAGAUAUUAACUUUGAAGACUUAAACAGUGAACAAAGCUAUAAUAAAAGUUUCUGUUACAGCCGAAGCAAACUGGCAAACAUUCUUUUUACCAGAGAGCUAGCCCGCCGCCUAGAAGGCACCAACGUUACAGUCAACGUGUUACAUCCCGGAAUUGUACGGACUAAUCUUGGCAGGCACAUACACAUUCCACUGCUGGCCAAACCACUUUUCAAUUUGGUGUCAUGGGCUUUCUUCAAAACUCCACUCGAAGGUGCCCAGACUUCCAUCUAUUUAGCUUCUUCACCUGACGUAGAAGGUGUGUCGGGAAAGUACUUUGGAGACUGCAAGGAAGAAGAAUUGUUACCCAAAGCUAUGGAUGAGUCUAUAGCAAGAAAACUCUGGGAUAUUAGUGAAGUGAUGGUUGGCAUAUUAAAGUAGGAGCCAAGUAGUAAAGAGCUGUUUAUAAAAAUGUAUCAAUUAUUUUUGUGGUCAAGAAUUGUGUGACUUGAAGCUACUUGAAAAAUUUGGUUCUAUAAUAGCACUGCCAGGAGCUAUCUGUGCAUAUGUUGAAGUUACUGUAGAGUUAUUUGUGGACAAUUUCAACAGAUGUUUAAAAUAUAUAUGGGUGUGUGUGUAAUGCAUAUUACAGUAAUCUUAAAUAUUCAAGUAUAGACUACAGAUUUUGCAACAAAAUAAUUAAUCGGGGUUAUCAGAUAAUCUGAGUUUCGUGGCUAAUGUGUAUUUUACAAUGACAAUUUUUGUAUGGAAGUAAUAUGCCUUGUAUGUGCUUCCAACUCUUCACUUGGAAUAAAUUUGCU